AUAUCAACCUUCUAAUUAUUGAGACAAAGAUUUAAUCUAAUCAUGGCUUACAAUAUUCUGAAAUUGUUCUCAAUUAUUUUUCUGUUCUGCACUAUAUUUUCACCUGCAGAAACAGCAUCAACAUACAGCCAUUACAAUUGCUCCAACAUGCAAACAUUUAGUCCAAAUAGCACAUACAAAAUCAAUCUAAACACACUUUUAUCUACACUUUUAUCCAAAGCUUCUGACACAACCAGCCAUGGCUUCUACAGCACUAGUACAUUAAUUGAUAAAACAGAAACGAUCUAUGGUCUCUUCAUGUGUAAUGGAUAUACAAAUCAUUGUGGAGAAUGUGUUAGGAACUCUACCAAGACACUUACCUCACUGUGUGACUUAAAUAAAGAAGCUAUCAUUUGGUCUGAUGAAUGUUUGGUUCGUUAUUCCAACAGGUCUUUCUUCAAUAUUAUGGAAGAAUCUCCAUCGUGGUGUGUGCAGGACUCAAUGGAUCAUCAAGGUUCAUUGGUAACUUUUUACCAAACUUUAAGGGCUUUGAUGAAGCUUCUUCUAAAGGAUGCCGAGUAUGAAGCUCUAAAGGAUAAAUAUAACAAAUUUGUUGUCACGAAAGAUACUUAUGAUGAGGAUCAUAAAUUCUUGUUUGGAAUUGCUCAGUGUACACCAAACCUCUCCAAGAACGAUUGCAUAAAAUGUUUAAGGGAUGCUAUGAAUUAUCUUCAAACAUCAUGUGCUAGUGGGAAGAUUGGAGGAAGUGUUUUAUAUCCAAGUUGUAUUGUCAGAUAUGAUCCUAAUCCAUUUUUUCCAUUAACUAGAGGAAAAAGAAAGAAAAAGGGAGGUCUAUCAUUUUUCACGUUUUAUUAUGCAGUUAUUCCUGUCAUGAUUUUCUCUAUUAUGGUUUUCUGUUUCACGAGUUAUCAGCUACGUAGGAGAGAAAGGAAGAAUCUCAAGUACCAAAAAGAAAAUUUUGGGGAAGAGAUUUCUACAGAAAUAAACUCUCUACAAUUUGAUUUCGAUGUGAUUCGGCUAGCAACAAACAAGUUCUCUGAUGAUAACAAGAUAGGGGAAGGUGGUUUUGGAGAUGUUUACAAGGGAAUGUUUCCAAAUGGAGAUGAAAUAGCAGUGAAGAGGCUCAUAAGACAUUCCAGUCAAGGAGCUGUGGAAUUUAAGAAUGAGGUGCUGUUAAUAGCCAAGCUUCAACACAGAAAUCUUGUGAGACUGUUAGGAUUUUGCUUGAAAAGGAAUGAGAAGAUACUUAUUUAUGAAUAUAUGCACAACAAAAGCCUUGAUUACUACCUAUUUAGCCCUGAAAACCCUAGAAAAUUAAAUUGGCAUCAACGUUACAAGAUUAUAAGAGGGAUUGCUCGAGGCAUUCUUUAUCUUCACGAGGAUUCUCAUCUAAAAAUCAUACAUUGUGAUCUUAAACCAAGUAACAUUUUGUUAGAUGACAAAAUGAAUGCAAAAAUCUCAGAUUUUGGGUUGGCAAGGAUUGUUGCCAUUGAUCAAAUGCAAGGAAAUACUAGUAUAAUUGGUGGGACAUAUGGUUACAUGUCUCCCGAAUAUGCAAUGCUCGGCCAAUUUUCUGUGAAAUCUGAUGUAUUUAGCUUUGGAGUCAUAAUUCUUGAGAUUAUCAAUGGAAAAAGAAAUGUUGAUUAUAAUGGGGAAGAUUCCAUUGAUGACCUCGUGAGCCAUGGUUGGAAGAAAUGGAGGGAUAAUAAGCAAUUGGAAUUAUUGGAUCCUCCAUUGGCAUACUCAUGUUCAGAAACAGAAGUCAAUAGGUGCAUCCAAAUUGGUCUACUAUGUGUGCAAGAAAAUCCAGAUCAAAGGCCUACUAUGGCAACAAUUGCUUUGUAUUUCAACUGUUAUUCAAUAGAUCUACCAUUACCUCAACAGCCAGCAUUUUACAUGCGUGGAAAAAUUGAAUCAAGGAUGGCAAGUAAAAAAAUAAUGUCAGGCCGACCUAGGAGUUAUUCGGUGACAAGGUUUUAAGUAGCUGUCAUAAUGCAGAGGCCUUUAAAACUUCAAUGUUUUGUUAUUAAACCUUUUUCUGUAGAAUUGUUUUCUAUUUUUAUUAUGUUUACUUGUACAUUUUUUCAAUGUGUUAAUACAUUUGUGACAAAUAUGGUUUAAAGUUAUAACUUCA